CACUUGUCAAACUCGUCAUAAAUAUUUUUCUUGUUAUUGUCAGCAAUUCGUAAAUAUCUAAAAAAAUCAUAUAUUAUCGAUGUGUUCGUUAUAGUCAAACUGUUUAAAGAUGGAGAUAAAAUACGUAUUUAUUUUUUUCAUCGUAACAUGCUUACAUUACGCGAGUACAAGGAAAACACAGGCUACACCCGAGUUCGAUUUGCUUAUCUUCACCCAACAAUGGCCAGCAACAGCUUGUAAAGAGUGGAAGAAAAAUGAUUCCACUCAUACGUGUGUAAUGCCAAAGAAUGUCGAUACCUGGACAAUUCACGGAAUAUGGCCUACGAAGCUGGGCACAAUGGGUCCAGCGUUUUGCAAUAGAACUUGGUUGUUCGACCCUGAGAAAAUAAGGCCUAUUGAAAUUCAGCUUAACCAGGUCUGGAUUAAUAUUUUUGGAGGGACAUCACUUUACUCUCUUUGGGCUCACGAAUGGAAUAAACACGGAACUUGUGCUGCAGUCUUAGAACCUCUUAAUUCGGAAUUAAAAUAUUUCAGUCUCGGCAUAGAUUGGUUGCAGAAGUUUUCAAUGAAUAAUAUACUGCAAUCUGGAAAUAUAGUGCCGUCGAGUACGAAUGCGUACUCCGUAGUUGAGAUCAAUAAUGCUAUCAAAGCAAAGCUUGGAGUCGAUCCCGCUAUAGAAUGUAAGAAGGAAAAUGGGGAGAGCUAUUUAUCCGAAAUACGUAUCUGUUUCACGAAAGAUUUUAAAAUUACUAACUGUGACGGUAUAGUUAGUCGUAAAGUCUUUGACUAUCAUUCGAUACUUACAAAUUGUAAUACUUCGAAGAAAAUUCUAUAUCCUCAUUACAAGGAUAGUAAAGAAGGAAGUAUAUAUGUACAAUUGUACAAAUUAGUUUCGUGGGUACAAUGGUUUACUUUGUAAUUUAAUUUUUUUUUUCUUUAUAUUUUUAUUGUUAAUAAGUUUUAAUUUCGCUCCUCAUAAUAUUUUAAU